CCCGCGCGCUUCUAGGUGAUCUCGCGUCUCCCGCCUCGAGGCCCGCAGCUUCAACAUUGCGACUCAGUCAGUAUCUGUCGCUUGUCCUGUGCUCACGGGCGACCGCGCCUUUGCCGAGCGCUCGCAGUGUUACCGUUUCUUUAGUAAGGGAGCGCCUUGUGACUGUGUUGGACGCCUCUCACGACCGGGCCUUUCGUAGGAGGGAAGCUGGAAGGUGAACACGGACGUGCCUCACGAAUUCAACGAUUCUGAAAACCGACUUCGAGAAGCCCUUGAAAGGGUCACUCACCGAAACGAGACUGUCAGCCGUCCCUCCUUAAGGCUGACGGUCAGCGCCCCUCAUCAUACACACACAAAAAAAGAAAAGAGAGAUUUAAAAAAAAAGAUAAAAAUAAAAAAGAUAAACCUCAACCCACCCCAUCACACCCUCGACAAACACACGCCCUCGUGAUGGAUUCCUGGUCGAGAAAAAGGGCAGGAGUGGCUCGCGCUGUAGAAGGCGUGGUGAAGCGGCGGAAACACAUCGUCCUCGUGGGUCUCGACGGCUCAGGCAAGACCACAGUGCUCACACGCCUCAAGUACCGUUGCUACGUGGCCACCACACCUACUAUAGGCUUCAACCACGAGAAAGUCUGGGGCGGCGGUUACCGGUGGUCGUGCUGGGACGUGGGCGGCGGCGAGCGACUCCGGCCGCUGUGGUCGUCCUACACCCGCGCCACCGACGGGAUCGUCUUCGUGGUGGAUUCGGCUUCCAUGGGCGACAUGAUGGAGGAGGCGAGGGUCGAGCUGGCGAGAGUCCUCAAGAAGUCGCGGGCGUCGUCAGUACAGCUAGGCAUGCCCUCCCCGCCUCUUCUGGUGCUGGCGAACUUCCAGGACCAGAUUCACGCCCGCACAGCCCAAGAGGUGGCCAUGAGUCUGGGUCUGGGCGAGGCGCACGGCGUGGUGUGGGCGGUGGCGCCCGUGUGCGCGCUCACGGGCGAGGGCUUGGACGACGCUAUGGCCACCCUCAGAACCUUGAUUGACAAGGUCCGCCAAGACGCCCGUCGGAGGGACAGGUGGCGCUGAGGUCGCCUGGAGCUGCCCAAGGCGGAGCAAGCCAGGUGCAAUCAAACCUUCAACUGUCACCUGUCAGGAAGAGUAGCAGCUGUUAUGGAUCGUAACACCUGUUAGAACGAAAGAAAGGGCAAGAAUGUAACAGCUUCAUAGGUAACAACUGUUAGGUUCAUAACUAUUGUUACACCAGUUACGGAAGCUGUUAAACAUAGUAGCAACUGUUACAGACAGAGGUAGCAGUUGUAAAAUAACUAACACGAACAUUUCUGUACAUUAUAUUAAAAUAUGAAAGAAACGUAGAUCGCACAAGUAGUGUCCUAGUAUACGUGCCUUGCUAGACACCAAAUGUGAAUACUGUAGUUGUAUGAGUAUUCUCUGCAUGUGUACAUACAAAAAGUAUGAUAGAUUCUUGAAUUCAAGUACUUCACAAGACUUUGUUCCUUGGCCAGCUGGGGUUGGAGACCAGCUGCCGUGCUGGGGACCCCAGCUGUGUGACGGCAGCGAGAUGGGCAGGCGAGAGCUACCUCGGACCUCCUAUCUGUGUGAAAGACGAUCAUUUUGCAGGCAUUGGAGGUUAUGCACGCACGCGCACACAAUUUAGGUAUACAUGCGCACCUACAUGAGUACUUAUACUAGACGCAUAUGUGCACAUACACACACGAACAUACGCCUUGAGGCCACAGAAGACGGUCCCCCUCGGUCAGUUCCUCUAACUGAUCAUGGUUGUGCUCCCAGUCAGGGUCAGCCUUGACUGCCCCUCACUUUGUCCCCUCCACAACACCAAGCACACGCGUCAUGCACUGGUCGUCAUGCACCGUGUCAUCAAGCACAUGUUGUCACAAUGCAGCCCACACGACCACGAAAACCAAGCAUUAUUAGUGACAUCCGCCUGCGACAGCCACCAGUACCCUUGCGUCACCCUGUCACCAUCCUCAACCUUCACUAUCAUCAACCGCCUCUCCGCCGUGGCCCCUCCCCCUCCCCUCUCUCCUCCUCCUCGGCCUUCUCCUCUCAGACUUCCUCUUCUACCUCCUCCUCCUCCUCCUCCUCCUCCUUGUCCCUUUUUUGUACGUCACCUUCAGCAUUCCCUCCUCCUCCUCCUCCCUUCCCCCCUCACCCCCCGCCUCUUGGCACUCAGAGCCUUUCGGACUGGCGGGUGACCGUUGAAUGUCCUCAAGACCCUGACGCAUCCUCCUUCAAUUUUUUCCUUUUUUUUAAUCCUCCAUCCUCUUCACUUCCCCCUUGAACCCUCUAUCCUCUCCGCUACCCUUUCCUCUUCCUUCUUUCGGUUACCUUUCUUCCGUCUAGUUUCCUUCUUUAUUUCUCUUCCCCCUCUCAUUCUAUUUCUUUCCCUUCCCGUAUUCUAGGUCAUAUCAGUAUACCCUCAUAACCCAUUUUCUCUCCCUUCUCCCUUUCCUCCUCUUCCCUUUCCUCUUCUCCCUUUCUUCUUCCUCCCUUCUUCCUUCCUUUCCUCACCCACUCCACUCCCCCCUCUUCCUCUUCCUCCAGUCCCUCUCACCCCGCCUCCGCCAUACCAUACCCAGGCGUGCCGCCAACCAAUGGGCGUGCCCCAUUCCGUGUGGGCGGGGCUUUGCGUGGGCGGAGUGCCCCCUUCUCCCCGGCUGGAGCUUCACCCAUCAUUGCACGAGAGUAUCUGUGAUAAAACUGAAUUCCAACCCCUCCUCCGCGCGGGCUGUGGCGGGGGACUCCACCUCACUGCGGCCCGGCGUGGAACUCCACUCCACUCCACGCUGAGAUUAUCGUGGAUUCUUGGGUUUUCAUUUUUGUGUAAAAAAAAAAAAAAUGAAUGGACAGUUGGAUGAUGAUAAAAAAAAAUAAAAGAUUAUGAAUGAGAAUAAAAAGAAAUGAUCCGUUAAUAGGUAAUGACAUUCAAAUAAAAAAAAAAAAUAGUUGACUACUAUAAUAAAGCGAUAUGAUUAAAAAAAAGACAAAAUAAGUGAAGAUGUAAAAAAAAAAAAAAUACUCUAGAAACCUGUGUGUGAAAGCUAUACAUGCAACCGCUUUUCGUGGGCAACAUUUGCACAUGAAUACAUGAAUGUCUUGUACAAAGAACUGUAACCUUCACUAUUUGUUGUGUAAUCUCAGUUAUAGGAGUUUAAACCUUAUUUCCUAUGUGAUCAGUGCAUCUUUCUAUUUAAACGCCGAUCAUGAUUCUUCUUAUUGUACUUUACGUGUAGUUCCUAUUAAGUUAUUCUUAUCUUGCAUUUACCUAUUGUUUACCAGUUUGUAAUUGUACCAGUGUUGUAAGCAGUAUUACAGAAUUUCCUGAUGGAA